UUUUUGAUCAACGUUGCUUUUUGAUUACGUUUGUCAAUCGUAUUGUUGGUAUUGUUUUGUUACUUUUUAUCGUUGAUGGGCAGCUGUGUAAAACCUGUAUACUCUGUGCUGGACCGUUUAUGACACCAUAGUGCAUUUUCUAGCUCACGUUUUCAGUAGAUGCCAGUUCCUGUGCCAAAGUUCGCAGCGCUGAAACGAUCUCCGUUUACUUGGACGUCGGUCGGCGUUUUCGCGGUCAUCUUUGUUGCGCUGUUAAUGCACCAAGGCCUACUAUCCUUUAUUGCUCGCCGAGCCCUUGCAUCAAUGGCAGGAGCCAGUGCCACAGGAAACUUCUCCUCUGGUACCUUUUCCGUUUCCUAUGUCACGGCACCCAACCAGGAUGUUGCUAAGAAGCUGGCCACUGGUCUGGUCGAAAAGAAGCUAGCAGCGUGUGUCAACAUAGUUCCUGGCGUUGUCUCUGUAUAUGAAUGGAAAAAUGAAAUUCAGACUGACUCUGAAGUUCUCAUGGUGAUCAAGUCACGGGCAUCACGGCUAGAUGAAAUGACAAAAUAUGUUCGGGACAACCACCCCUACGAGGUGUGCGAAGUCAUAUCCACACCGAUCCAGCAUGGAAACCCUCCAUACCUAAAGUGGAUCUCCGAAGUUGUGCCUGAGGCAGGUGAUGGAAGUGUCACGUCAGGGGCAGGCCAGGCGAAAUGAAUGAAACAGUGUGCUGGAAUGCUUGAGCAAGUGAACAUUUUUGCAUGCAAAAAUAAAAAGAUGCUGUCUGGAAGAA